AUGGUUGCAUUGUCAUGGGAGAGGUUCAAGGAAGAGUUUGACAACAGAUUCUUUCCAGACUCUGUCAAACAACAGAAGGCCCAGGAGUUCGCGUCCUUAACACAAGGUAGUUUGACUGUGGAGCAGUAUGCCGCUAAGUUCAUGGCAUUAGGAAGGUUUGCACCCCACUUGAUUUCAACUCAAAAGAUGCAAGCACAAAAGUUUCAAGCAGGACUUCUGCCAAGAAUCCAAAGUCAAGUAGCUUGCCUCAGAAUAGAGAAUUACCAAGAGUUGGUAAAUGUAGUGGCGAUAGCAGAGGCUGAGCAGAAGGAAUUGGCAAUCCAGAAUCUUACCGAUCGAAAGAGGGCCAUGCCAUUUGCUGCCAGUAGUAGUGCUGAGAAAAGGAGGUCUUUUUCUAGUCCAGAGAAAGGUAAGGGAAUAAUGACAGGAGGACAGAAGCCGUCCUUUUAUUCACCAUGCUCUAAGUGUAGUAAGCGUCAUCCUGGAAAAUGUCAUAAGGGAUAUGGAGUCUGUUAUCGAUGCGGGAAACCUGAACAUAUGAUUAGAGAUUGUCCCAACACCAUGCAAGGCAGUGGAGCUGGUGAUCGCAAGCCAAGGCCCCACAUCCCGGCACGCGUGUAUGCAGUAACACCAGGAAGGGUUAAUUUGUUUAGGUUUUCGGCUUGUGCACUAUUCGAUUCAGGUGCGUUGCAGUCCUUUGUGUCUGCAGCGUUUGCACGAAUUUGUAGUUUACAGACUGAGCUUUUACCACGACGGAUUGUAGUAUUAAUUCCCGACGGGAAUACAGUAUCUUGUACCUGUUUAGUUAAGGAUUGUCCGUUAGAGUUAGAAGGAAGGACACUGAAGGCUAACUUGUUAGUAUUCGGUCAGAUGGAAUUCAACCUGAUUUUGGGGAUGGACUGGCUUUUCAAGCACUACGCUAAGAUAGACUGUCAGAAACGAGAGGUUGUGUUUGAACCUCCAACUGAAGACAGGAUGAGUUACGCAGGAACAUCAGUUAAGGCCACCCCACCUUUGAUCUCGGCGUUGCAAGCUAGGAAGUGUAUCGAUGAUGGAGCCUCAGCGUUUUUAUUGAUAACUGUAGAGGAGACAACCAAAACUAUAGGAAUCCAAGGGAUACCUGUGGUUGAAGACUUUCCUGAAGUUUUUGUUGAUGAGUUACCUGGUUUACCACCGGAUAGAGAAGUAGAAUUCCAAAUAGAGUUGGAGCCGGCAACAACUCCGACUCACAAGGCGCCAUAUCAUAUGGCCCCUACCGAAUUGAAGGAGCUCAAGCUACAAUUGGAGGAACUUUUGGAGAAGGGUUUUAUUCGCCCCAGUUCUUCGCCGUGGGGAGCACCUGUAAUCGAUGAUUUGUUGGAUCAAUUACAAGGAGCAGCAGUAUUUUCAAAGAUUGACCUGAGAUCCAGGUAUCAUCAGUUAAAAGUCAAGGAUCAGGAUGUGCUGAAAACUGCCUUUAGGACAAGUGAUGCAUCUAAGGCAGGACUCAGAUGUGUGCUAAUGCAAGAAGGGAAAGUUGUUGCUUAUACUUCACGACAACUGAAGGAUCACGAGCAGAAUUAUCCUACUCAUGAUUUGGAAUUAGCUGCAGUUGUUUGUGCUCUUAAGAUUUGGAGACAUUAUUUGUAUGGCAAGAAGUAUGAAGUCUUCACGGAUCACAAAAACCUAAAGUACCUAUUUGAGCAGAAGAAUCUUAAUAUGAGGCAAAGAAGAUGGCUGGAAUUAAUUAGCGACUAUCAAUGUGAUAUCAAGUAUCGUCCUGGAAAGGCCAACGUGGUAGCUGAUGCUUUAAGCCGCAAGAGCAGACAAGAAGCUUCAUCAGUUCCUUCAUCAGAAGUAAAUUCCCUCUUAUGUAGUAUGAGAAAACUGUUGAUUAGAGACCGUAGUUAG